GUUCCGAAGAGAAAAAGCUCAGCGCCGCAUUCGCAGGGGAACAUUGAAAGAGCGGGCCUGGCGAGCGCCCAGCAUCUAUUAUAGCGAGGGUUCAGCCAGGGAAUCGGCCUGCACGUGAGGGCUCCGUGCCAAGCGAGCAGACCUGAGACACAUGGCCUGAUCGCCCCCCCGAAUGGGCUGAUUUGACUGUGUCGCUCCAGGACUCUGCUGCGACUCUUCCCACCUCUCCCCAACAACGCACCAAACAAAGACAGGGCAGCAUCGGACCUCGAGCACCGCGAACGCUGGGCGGGAUUGAGGCUCUCUUUUAGCGAACGUACGAUUUUGCGCAGAUUUCCACGCUGCCGCUCUCCAAUAGCGAGCGCCCGCAUCCUUGCCCUGCCCGCUGAGCGGCCCGGCCAGACGCUCUCUGUGGCCGUGGCAGCUGCCCGACUCAUCGCGCUGCUGGCGGGACCGACCGACGGGACCCCCUCCCAUCGCCCAUCGCCCAUCGCCCAUCGCCUGUCAGCCCAGAACUGCGUCGGCAGUGCCGCGUUAGGCCCAUCGAACCACCUCUGCAUGAUCUCGACCAGCCCCGUCAGCACCACCACCAUGGACGACCACGAGGACCUGUUUGCUACCGCCGGCGGCCUGGACGACGCGAGCCUGGCCAAUUUCUUCGGCAGUAGCGACGAUCCCUCGUCCACCGUAGACUCCAACGCCGCCUCCAACCACCACAACCUGAACCAACCAAGUCACCCCAACGCCAGCUCUUCCCGGACCAGCAACAGUCCUGCCGCGGGCCAAGCCGUCGCCGCAGCCACCAACCCCCAGAGCCUCCCCAGCGGCACAGCGGCCCAGGGGAUCCCUUUCUACCAGACUGCCGACAGCGCCUGGACGUCCUUCGAGGAUACGCCGCCCUACGACGCGUACGAGAGCGUGAACCACUUUGACACCUUCUACGGCGCCGACCGAUCACAGAUCCAGCAGACGUGGCAGGCAGGUGCUCCAUUCACCGCCCACCACCACCACAGCCACCAACAACAGCUUCCCCAGCGCGGCCUCCCUCAGCAGCCGGGCAACCAGAACCAGCAGCUCUCACCGGCCGACAUCAGCCCCAUCGCCCUGCAGGCUGAGCCGCUGAUCCUUCCUCCUGCCCCCGCCGGCCACGUCCGUCCGAAUCCGGCCCCCGAGGUCCUCCAGACCCUCACCCCCGACCAGCAGGAGCGGCUGAAGAACAUCGCCAUGCCAGCACACCUCCAGUACCACUCGCCCCAGAGUGAACCCAGCCCGCAGUCGAGCCCGAGCGACAAGGACAAGGGUGAAUCCAUCUCGUCACCCGAGGCUGCCGAGCCGUCGAAGACGAGCAGCCGCAAGCGCAAGUCCUCGGCCGAUGAUGACGACGACGAUGAUGACGACGACGGAACGCAGCCCGUCAAGAAGACAGCCCACAACAUGAUUGAGAAGAGGUACAGGACAAAUCUGAACGACAAGAUUGCUGCGCUACGAGAUAGCGUGCCCAGCUUGAGGAUCAUGUCCAAGAGCGCAAGAGGCGAGGACACGACCGAGGAUCGUGAAGAGCUGCAUGGGCUGACCCCCGCCCACAAGCUGAACAAGGCAACGGUUCUGAGCAAGGCCACAGAAUACAUCAGGCAUCUGGAAAAACGAAAUAACCGCCUCAUGCACGAAAACGAUUCGAUGCAGCAGCGUAUCAGCGCUUUCGAGAAGCUCUUCAUGGCCGGGGCCUUGAAUGGCGCCAUGAGCCCGCUCCAGCAACAGCCGCCGCCGACGCCAAUACAAUUCCCCCAGGACGCGCAGGCCUUUAUGGGAUCGCCCAUGCCCACGCCGGGCGCCCAGGACCCGCCUGGAAUGAUCCAGGUGCCCGACGACAUGAAGCGCAUCAUUCAGGCGCAGGUGGCCGCCGGACGACCCUACCCGAUAGCGCCUCAGGCCAACUACCAACAGAACGCCGCCAUGAUGCGCCAGCAACAAAUACAACAGCAGCAACAGCAGAUCCAACAGGGCCGCUGGGGGCAGACUGCCCCUUAUUUCGGCAAGAUGAUGGUUGGCUCCCUGGCCGGUCUCAUGAUCGUCGAAGCUGUGCGGGAGAGCGAGACGAGCACCGAUUCGCCCGACGGGCGUGGUCUCUUUGCCGCCCCCAUCCAACUGGUCAACACGUUUGUGUCGACAUCACACUUCAGCGUCGCCGGCUACUCCUUCUCCGCCGUGCAGCUCAUGUCCUCGCUCAAGAUUUUCCUGCUCUUUGGCUCGCUUCUGUAUGCUUUCGUGCCGGCUCUCUUCUCGGCGGCGGCGCCCAGGCCGCAGAAGACAAGGCAGCAAACUAGGGCGUUUCUAUCGGCUGUUCCAUCUCUCGCCUCCCCAAUCCGUGUUAGGCGGCAGGCCUGGCUUACGGCCAUCCAGACGGUCUGGGUGCCACGCCACAAUUUCAUCCUCGAGGCUGCCGCACUGAUGCUCAAGACGAUGAAGCUGAGCCUCCGCAACACCAUCGGCGUCCAGCAAUACCAGGCAUUAACGGGACUGACCGAGGAACAGGAGACCGCGCGCGUCAAGGCGUGGGCCAUUGCGCUUGACGCUCAGCUCGCCGGAGGUGACGUCGAGAUCAACAAGAGCAGACUCACACUUACGCUCCUGGCUUCGGGCACCCUGCCAGACACGCCCCUCCGGCUGAUGCUCAAGGCGCUGCACAUCCGAGUGCUUCUUUGGCAGCUGGGCCAGGGCGGGAUACACAAUGUCGUGGCAGCCAAGCUGGCGCGGGCGAAGUGGAACCAGGCAAAGCAGCUUCACAGGCUCAGCAAGGCGUCGUCUUCACCGAGGCUGUCGGCCCAGGAGCAGAUUCCUUCGGAUGACAGUCUCCCCGACCACCUCGCCGUGCUGCUUGACCAAGAGUGCGACGACGUGCUUAACGACGACGUUGUGCAGAGAGCCCACAACCUUGCCUGGAACCGCCCUACGACACAUGAUGUGGCGGCUGAUAUCGACGGAAUGAAUGCUGUGGUUGAGGAUCCCGCGAUAAAGUCGCCUAUGGAUGCCGUCGCCGCUUGGUGGUCCAGCCUCGUUCUUCACCAGGUCCUGACCACGAGCCUGGAUAUCGCCACCACGACGACGGAGAAGGGAGACUCGGAACAAGAACCGUCGACCAGCUCGAUCAACGAGGACGACCUCACUCUUGCUGCCAAGGUGGCGCCCGUUGGCUCCAACGCGCAGGUCAGGGCCUUGGUUGCGCGCGCGUUCCUGGUCAAGGCGAACCGCGGAGCCAACAUGGUGGCCGCCCUCGAGGCCAUGGCGCCGUCGUCAAACCCGGACAAGUACCCCACCUACAGUCGUGCAGUGCCGCCUCUGAUCGACUCCCCAGCGACGGCGACCAAGGCGAUCGACGCGGACCCGGAUGCCAAGAUGGCGCUCCACUGCGCCAUGGUGGCGGCGCACCUCAGCUCGCGCAGGCCCAAGCCGGUGGCGCUGGAGCUGGUGGAGAAGAUUCUACGCGGCUCUACCGAGGGGCUGACGUUGCUUGGCUUCGCGGCUGCGUUUGGGCUCAUUCUGCGGCUGGACGCGCACGCGGUCGCGUCCGAGACGUGCGCGGGUUCCAUCGAGCGGCUUGCGGGUGCGCUCAGGAUAUGGAUCGGGGGCCCUGAGAGCGACCGCUGCGCCCUGUCGCGCGAGACGCGCCAGGCUGUGGUGCAGCGCUGCCUCGCCAUCACCAAGUCGGCCGUCGGCAUGGACAUGGACCCGGGCUACGGGACCAUGAGCGAGGCCGGAAGCGUGACCGACGAGCGCACGCCUUCUGCUGGACUUUCGACGUCCUCGAACGAUGAUUCAUGCUGAGCUUUGUUUAAUGAGGUGGUUGUUUUUCCCGCGGCUUUUCUCAGGGGCGUGGUGGUGGUCACUCUGGCUUUGUGUUGUCUCGAUAAUUACAAAAACGUUGGUCUCUCGCCAUGGGCUUUUUCUUCUGUCUCUUCUGGUAUAUAGUUGAUCUGCUAGAUAUCCCCUUUCAACCCUUUUGCAUCCCAGACAUUGCUCUUUUACUUUUGUGUUUUUUCCCCCGAGCCGCUGUUUCGCUGAGGCCUGUUUGUGCUGGUGUAUUUUCUUCUUUUUUUCCGAGUGAAGCGAAUCGAGGAGUGUCUUGUUCUUGCGCCAGGCCCUCCUUUUGUCUUAUUUCUCGUUCUCUUCUUUUCAAGGGGUAUCGUAGGAUGUCGGUAUGCUCUGUUGACCCGCGUAUAGCAAUUUCCUUUUCUUUGCCAGCGGCGUGCUCUGCAUCAAGGCGUUAGACCAAGAACUGGACCGGAUAAAAAGGAUACGGAUGACGCUUGAACGUCUGAGGAAUAACCCCUGUUUUGUGAUGGCCUGGCAUCAAUCAUGUGGCGCAGUGAGGUGUAAUUUUGCGUUGGUUCCCACUAUCUGGCUUUUUAUAACCCGUCUGUCUGGUCGCUGGAGAAUACAGUUAUUGGCACUCGAUAA